AUGGACAUAGAUAGUUUACGCGAGACAAGUAUUGCUGAUAUUGAUUCAAUUCAUCAUUAUCGUUCUCUUGUUCAAUCUCCUCUUACUAGACAUCGGCGUAUAUCCAUUCCAUCACUUGUUCAUCCAGAUUCAUUAAAAAAUGAUUUACCAACAGAUGAAGUAACACUAAAAAGGCAUCUUGGUUUAUUCUCAGGAAUUUGUUUUAUUGUUGGUAUCAUCAUUGGUUCUGGUAUAUUUGUUUCUCCUAAAGGUGUUUUGCAAGAAACACAAUCAGUCGGUCUCUGUUUGAUUAUUUGGGUUGCAUGUGGUUUAGUUUCUUUACUUGGAGCACUCUGCUUUGCAGAGAUCGGUGCAGUGAUACCGAGAAAUGGCGCAGAAGUCGCUUAUCUAAAAGAGGGUAUACUAAUGUAUGGUUUUAAUUUUUCACCUUCUCUCUGUAAAAUCGAUAUCAUCUAUAUGAAUGCAUAUGUAAAUAGUUGA